GCAUCUCUAGGGCUCUUUUAUUCCAACAAUGGUGAGAAUCCAAGAAGAGGAGGAGGAGGAGGAGACGAAGAGGGCGCCCGGCGUCGCCGCCGAGGGGUGGGAGACGGCUAGCGAUGGCGAGGAUCGGUUCGAGGACGCACUGACGGAGGAUCAGCAGCGCGAGAGGGAUGUUUCCCUGGCAGAGCGUGCCAAGGCCGAGGGGAAUGCGGCGUACGCGCAAGGGAUGUAUCGAGACGCGCUCGCGGCCUACCAAGGUGCUUUGGAGCUCUUGGCUGACAACAACAACACAAAUGCAAAGGAAAUCUGCUCAAUGUGUCUGUGUAACCGGGCAAUGUGUUAUCUACAGAUUGAUGAGUACGAAGAAGCAGUUCACGAGAGUUCCAAAGCCAUCGAAUUGAAUCCGGCUUACAUCAAGGCAUUCUUAAGGAGAGCGCAAGCUCACGAAAAAGUGGACAAGCUAGAAGACUCCCUUGCCGAUAUGAAGAAGGUGCUGGAGCUUGAUCCGGCAAAUAAAGAAGCAGCCAAGGCGGUGAGACGAUUAGAACCAGUUGUAGCCGAGCGACGCGAAAAGAUGAAAGAAGAGAUGCUGGGGAAGCUCAAGGAGCUUGGAAACUCUGUCCUGGGUCGAUUUGGUAUGAGCGUUGACAAUUUCAAGAGCGUUAAGGACCCGGAAACAGGCUCGUAUUCCAUCUCCUAUCAGCCAUAAGUAGCGCUAGUCGGCCCAAUCUGUGUCUGUUUCGUCACCAGUAAUCACCACACGAGCAGGUUCCGCUGGUGAA